ACAGCAACAGCAGCAACACCCAAAUGAGCAAGAAGAGAGUAACAUGUUGUUUCAUCCGAAAACUGGCUUACCGCAGAGCUUUGAGCCUAUCCCAUCGCUUGCAUUAUCCACACAAGAUGACGAUGAUGAAAAUUCAUCUUAUCCUGGAUUCGUAUUAUAAACAUUUCUUCCCUGCAUUUUAUCCCAUUUCGCUCUCCCCCUCUUUCUUUUUCCAUUGAAGAGAAGAAAACAAAUCGUUAUAAACUUCCUGCAUUUUCCAGCAUUGUUAUUAUUGUUAUACCAUUUUCCAUGAGUUGCCACUAUUCAACUACACCUAUGCGACUUUUUUUUUUUUUUGGAAUUUGCUUCUGUUCAAUGU